CUGGAAGAUGAAGAUCUCUGCAGCUGCCCUCCCCUUCCUCAUCCUUGCUGGUGCCCUUGGACCCCUGGCCAAUGGAGCCCCAGCCCAUGGUAUCAUGAUGGGCAAACUUGAUCACCCCCUAGUCGGGCAUGGAGGCGUGCACCGUGCCACUGACUGCUGCCCCUCCUACACCCCACGAAAUAUCCGAUGUGUAUUCAUGGACAGUUAUUACGAAACAAGCAGUGGGUGCCCCCAGCCUGCUGUAAUCUUCUUAACCAAGAGGGGGCAAAAGGUCUGCACCGACCCCAUCAAUGAGAGAGUUCAGGAAUGCGUGAUGAAGCUGGACCCAGAAAAUAUACUGGACAAACGGCUGGUUGAGGAGGAGCUACAAUAGAUGCCACACGCCCACCUCCACUCUCUCACCUUCUGGGAGUUUCCUGGCCUGAAUUCUCUUGUCAAAAACAACAAUCAUGUUCUGUUCUGGUUGUAAAAACUGUGCACCAUUAAAAAGUAUCCAAUUUCCUUUA